AAUCGCCACUCGCCAUGUCAACGUUUUAAUCUUUGUCGCCACCGACGCCCCCUGUUGAAGGCGAAAUGUUAAAUUAUGCAGAAAGUUAAUACAACAUAAUCGAAAAGUUAUUCCUUUUCUUGUCAUUCAAGCUUUAAAGAUUAAUUUUAAUUGCAAUUAAAAUCACCGAAUUUUCAUAACAUAGUUGUCACUGUUAUGGAGGGAACAGUGACAAGAAGGUUUUCUUGUUUGUGUAAUAUUUGUUUGUCCCAAAACCGAUACGUGUACAUAUUAAAUUUUUUCGAUCAGUUUUAUCAUUAAUUAAUUUUUGUGCUGAGCAUGCAGAUUUUUGUCGCGUAUCUCCACCCAUCAUGACAAUUUGGACCAUUUUUCUCGGGUCGGCGAUAUUUGUCUUCAUUUUACUGCUGUUUCUGAUUUUACUGGUUUAUUGGAGCACGAGCCCGUAUCCAGACCACAGUAGGUCAGCGAGAGAAAAGGAGUUUUAUGUUGGCAAAACGGGCAAUAAAGCAAGUUUUAAAGAAUUCCCCAGCAUAACAGAACCUAGUUCUGUUCAUCUUAGUGUCAUUGUCCCUGCAUACAAUGAAGAAGAAAGACUACUACCAAUGUUAGAGGAGACAUUUACUUUCCUUGAAAGGAGAAAACUGAGUAACAAAACUUUCAGUUAUGAAGUAAUCUUAGUAAGCGAUGGGAGCAAAGAUCGUACAGUUGAAAUUGCACAUUCUUACACAGAUAAAUAUGGUUCUGAUAUUAUGAGAGUUCUUGCUUUGGAGAAAAACAGGGGCAAAGGAGGAGCAGUCAGUUUGGGUACUUUAAGUUCAAGAGGGGCUAUAAUUUUAUUUGCAGAUGCAGAUGGUGCUACACUAUUUAGUGAUAUAGAAAAACUUGAAGAAAGUUUGAAAGGCAUAGUUAAAGGUAAUUACUUAUCUACACCAGAGAAAGUGUCCAACGAAUUUGCUGUGAUUAUUGGUUCACGUGCUCACCUUGAACAAGAAGCCCUGGCAAACAGAUCAUUUUUUAGAACAUUCUUGAUGCAUGGCUUUCAUUUUUUGGUGUGGUCCUUGGCAGUAAGGACAGUUAGGGACACCCAAUGUGGCUUUAAAAUGUUUACUAGAAGAACAGCUGAAACUCUUUUUUCCUCAGUUCAUGUUCAGAGAUGGGCAUUUGAUGUGGAACUGCUUUACUUGGCUGAACUUUUUAAUAUUCCAAUAGCUGAAAUUUCUGUCAAAUGGACUGAAAUCGACGGUUCCAAAAUAAUACCAGUGUUCAGUUGGUUACAAAUGGGAAAGGAUCUUGUCCUUAUUUGGCUCCGGUAUCGCAUAGGGGCAUGGAAAAUUACACACAAACCAUAAAUAAUUUUAUUCACUUUAUAAACUUGAAAACUUUAAUAGAAUUUUACUUUUAAAUAUUUAUUUUUAAAAAAAUAAAUGGUGUUUAUUAUGAUUUUAUCA